AUGUUACAGCACCUGCUUCUCCCACUUGUGACCCUCGUCAUCAGCCCCAUCCCAGGAGCCUUCCAGGACUCAGCUCUCAGUCCUACUCAGGAAGAAUCUGAAGAUCUGGACUGUGGUCGCCCUGAGUCCUCUACCAGAAUCAUGGGGGGCUCAGACGCACAGCCGGGCAGCUGGCCGUGGCAGGUGAGCCUGCACCAGAAUGGGGGCCACAUCUGCGGGGGCUCCCUCAUCGCCCCUUCGUGGGUCCUCUCAGCUGCUCACUGUUUCGUAGACAACGGGACCUUGGAGCCCGCGGCCGAGUGGUCGGUACUGCUGGGCGUGCAUUCCCAGGACGGGCCCCUGGACGCCGCGCACGUUCGGGCAGUGGCGGCCAUCCUGGUGCCGGACAACUACAGCAGCGUGGAACUGGGAGCCGACUUGGCCCUCCUGCGCCUGGCUUCGCCCGCCAGGCUGGGCCCCGCCGUGAAGCCUGUCUGCCUGCCCCGCGCCUCACACCGCUUCGCUCACGGCACGGCCUGCUGGGCCACCGGCUGGGGGGAUGUACAGGAGGCCGACCCCCUGCCUCUCCCCUGGGUGCUGCAAGAAGUGGAGCUAAGGCUGCUUGGAGAAGCUGCCUGUCAAUGUCUCUACAGCCGGCCUGGCCCCUUCAACCUCACCUUUCAGCUGUUACCAGGGAUGCUGUGUGCUGGCUACCGAGAGGGCCGCAGGGACACCUGCCAGGGAGACUCUGGUGGACCCCUAGUCUGUGAGGAACAUGGACGAUGGUUCCAGGCAGGAAUCACCAGCUUUGGCUUUGGCUGUGGACGAAGGAACCGCCCGGGAGUCUUCACUGCUGUAGCUCCCUAUGAGGCAUGGAUCCGGGAACAGGUGAUGGGCUCCGAGCCUGGGCCUGCCUUUCCCACCCAGUCCCAGGGACCCCAGUCAGGCCCAUGGGAGCCCAUGGAUGAAAACUGCACAAUCGCCCUGCCAGAGUGCGGGAAGGCCCAGAGGCCAGGGGCCUGGCCUUGGGAAGCUCAAGUGAUAGUGCCAGGAUCCAGACCCUGCCAUGGGGUGCUGGUGUCUGAAACCUGGGUCUUGGCACCUGCCAGCUGUUUUCUGGACCGCAGCCGCCCAGACCGCCAGCCCCGAGACCUGGACAGCUGGCGCGUGCUGCUGCCCUCGCGCCUGGGCGCGGAGCAGGUGAUAGGCCUUGUGCCUCACGAGAACGCUUCCUGGGACCACGCCUCGGACCUGGUGCUACUGCAGCUGCACGCGCCCGUGAACCUGAGCGUGGCCCCACGGGCGGUGUGCCUACCUCACCCAGAACACUAUUUCCUGCCCGGAAGCCGAUGCCGCCUAGCUCGCUGGGGCCGUGGCGAACCUGCUCCCGGCCCUAACACGCUGCUUGAGGCGGAGCUCUUGAGCGGCUGGUGGUGUCACUGCUUGUACGGCCGCCAGGGGGCGACCGUACCACCGCCGGGAGACCCACCACACGCGCUUUGCCCUGCCUACCAGGAGGAGGAAGAGUCGGCCCGUUGUUGGAACUACUCCAGUUGGAGCCUUUUGUGCCGGGAGGAAGGGACCUGGUUCCUGGCUGGAAUCAGAGACCUCUCCAGUGGCUGCCUACGUCCCAGAGCCUUCUACCCUCUUCAGACCCAUGGCCCAUGGAUCAGCCAUGUGACUCGGGAAGCCUACCUAGAGGACCAGCUGACCUGGGACUGGGGCCCUGAGGGGGAGGAGACUGAGACACAAACUUGUCCUCCCCACACAGAACAUGGUGCCUGCGGCCUGCGGCCAGAGCCUGCUCCGAUGGGGCUCCUGUGGCCAUGGCUGGCAGAGGUGCACGUGGCUGGUGAUCGAGUCUGCACUGGGAUCCUCGUGGCCCCAGGCUGGGUCCUGGCAGCCACUCAUUGUAUACUCAGGCCAGGCUCUACAACAGUGCCUUAUAUUGAAGUGUACCUGGGCCGAACAGGGGCCAGCCCCCUCCCACAGGGCCACCAGGUAUCCCGGUUGGUCAUCAGCAUCCGGCUGCCCCGGCACCUGGGACUUCGGCCUCCCCUGGCCCUCCUAGAGCUGAGCUCCCGGGUGGAGCCCUCCCCUUCAGCCUUGUCCAUCUGCCUUCACCCAGGGGGAAUCCCCCUGGGGGGCAGCUGCUGGGUGUUGGGCUGGAAGGACCCCCAGGACCGAGUCCCUGUGGCUGCUGCUGUCUCCAUCUUGACACCACAACUUUGUCACUGCCUCUAUCAGGGUAUUCUGCCUCCUGGGACUCUCUGCGUCCUGUAUGCAGAGGGGCAGGAAGACAGGUGUGAGGUGGCCUCAGCACCUCCACUGCUGUGCCAGGGUGAAGGAGGCUCCUGGGUCCUCGUGGGCAUGGCUGUUAGAGGGAGCCAGGAGCUGUUUGCCUCUAUUGGCGCUGAAGAGGCCUGGAUCUCCCAGACGGUGGGAGAGGCCCAUUUCCUGUCCCCCAGUGGCUCCCUCUACUGGCCCCCUGAAGGCAGCAAUCUCUGUCCCCUGGACAUGGCUGGGGCCUCAGGCUUCCCUCCUGCUUCUCUAUUCCUGCUGCUACUGACCCCCCUAAUCUAUCCUGGGCCUGGUUUAGAGGUCCGGACACCUAACCUGAGGAAGGUAGGGUUGCUGAGAUUCCAUCGUCUCCCCUUGUGCCUGCUGCCUUCAAAGCCAGCCUUGGACAGCUGCGCCAAUCUUCCCAGCACGGAUUCCAACAUCCCUUCUCUCUGGGCCCAACACCUGAAUCUUGCCUUCGAAACCAGUCCUUGGUGCCUUCCCUUGAGUGCCUGGUGCCUGGUGUCUCCCCAGGGGCCCUCAUCCUGGGCCAUGGCCCAGAGGGCAAGCCUGGGGCCUAGGCAGCUGGAGACUAUGGCAAUUCUGCUUUUGCUUGGACUAUUCCGGACCGGGUUGGGAGCUGUAGGGGCCGGGUCCGAAGCCUUUUGCGGUGUGGCCUCCCAAGCGCGCAUCACAGGUGGUAACAGUGCAACCCCUGGCCAGUGGCCCUGGCAGGUCAGCAUCAUCUACGAUGGCAUCCAUGUGUGUGGUGGUUCUCUCGUGUCUGAUCAGUGGGUGCUCUCGGCUGCUCACUGCUUUCCAAGGGAGCACCUCAAGGAAGAGUACGAGGUAAAGCUAGGGGCCCACCAGCUGGACUCCUACACCCCUUCGGCCGAAGUCCGCACCGUGGCACAGAUAAUUUCCCACACCAGUUACCGCCAUGAGGGUUCCCAGGGGGACAUUGCACUCCUCCGUCUCAACAGCCCCAUUGCCUUCUCUCGCUACAUCCGGCCCAUCUGCCUCCCUGCAGCCAACGCCUCCUUCCCCAAUGGCCUCCAAUGUACUGUCACUGGAUGGGGCCAUGUGGCCCCCUCAGUGAGCCUCCAGGCCCCCAGGCAACUGCAGCAACUUGAGGUGCCACUGAUCAGUCGUGAAACUUGUAACUGCUUGUACAACAUCGACGCCAAGCCUAAUGAGCCCCACUCUAUCCAGCAGGACAUGGUGUGUGCUGGCUAUGUAGAGGGGGGCAAGGAUGCCUGCCAGGGUGACUCUGGGGGCCCACUCUCCUGCUCCGUUGGUGGCCUCUGGUACCUGGCAGGCAUCGUGAGCUGGGGUGAUGCCUGUGGGGCCCCCAACAGACCUGGUGUGUAUACGAUGACCUCCAGCUAUGCCUCCUGGAUUCACUACCAUGUAGCAGAGCUCCAGCCUCGGGUGGUUCCCCAAAUCCAGGAGUCCCAGCCCGAUAUCCACCUCUGCAGGAAUCAUCUGCCCUUCAACUCUGCUCCAGGCCAGGGUUUGUUGGGGCGCAUCAUUUUGCUGCCACUAGCUCUGACCCUGGGCCUCCUCUACCCAUGACAGAGCCCUGAGUGACUCGCCCUAGGAGUCAACCUUUGCUUCCAGGAUCUCCAUGUUGUACCCAAGGACAGAUGCCCAUUCCUAGGAAUGGACCUUGCCACUCCUUCAUAUGCUUCGGGCAUUUGAGUCAUUCCUUCCUCCCAGGACCGUUCAGAAGUUCAGGCACCAUACUGACUUUUGAGCCCACUCUUCUGGGCUGGGCUUGUUCUUUGGAGCUACAACUCAAAGCCAGGAGUGGUACUGGCUAGAACUUCUGGCCACCUGCUGUGUACAAGCCUAUUGGUGGGGCUCCUAUGGAGCCCCAAGGAGCCUUAGUUAAGAAAUUGUGCCCUGGCUCUUAUGUUUCUAGAAAACUGGGCAACUGCCCUGCUGAUUGCUGCUGAAGGGCUGGCUCCAGGGCCCAACCUGUUCUGCCUGAUGAGCCCCACAGCUUCACCCUCUUGCUGUCUUCUGGGUUAGGGCUGCCUCUGAGCAGCAUGUUUUUAAAGACUCAACCGUGCCCACUGGCUGCCAUGCCCCCCUUGAGCCCUGAUCCCCGGACUCCGGAGGACUGAGCCCCCACCGGAACUGGGCUUGGGCUUGGGCCCGGGGUGGAGGGUAGAAGGAGCAAGGAGUAAAAUGUUUUGAGCACAA